AUGUUUCUCACUGUUUCCGAUCAAUCCAGUACUGUUCUUCAGAUUCUUUUACGUAUAAACAUUUAUUAUACAAUAUUUUGGUUUAUUCUUGAAAUUCCUUUAUUUAUUUUUAAAUAUUAUAAUAUACCAUAUGGAACAAGUGCAUUUGGUAUUGAAAUGACAAUGAUAUUUAUGUUAUGUUUAAAUGAAUUUCUUCGACAAUAUUUUGGUAUCAAAGGAAAUUUAAUGUUAAACAAUACUCUUAUAAUUAUUUUUAUUUUAUAUGGAUUUUUUUCUGCUAUUGGUUUUAUAUUCUUUCUUGUUUUACAAUCACAUACACAACGUAUAGAAAUUUUACUUUCAGCUAUUGGUUUAACAUUAAUUACAAUUGAAAUAUUAUUUAGUAUUAUAACAUUUAUUCUUAAUCGUCGAGCAAUGCCUAUUUUAACAAAACAAGAAAAGAUCAAACGAAUAAAAGAAGCUCAAGAACAAUUUCAAUUAUUAUUAAAAAAUGAAUAA